AAUCAUUGCAUUCACCACCACUAUGUCUUUCCCAGGCUCAUCCUUGCGCUAUGGUAAAACUACUCAGGAAAUUCUGAAGAAAUAUAUGGAUAAACUGGGAGCAAAAGACUUCAAGACAUUUCUGAGUAAACUAUCAGAUUUUAGCUAUAACAAUCGCGAUCCCAUAGGAUAUGGACGCCUGGAAGGAGGAGAACCUCCCGACACCUCAAGGCUUCUUGUAAAUUAUUAUGGAGAGAAGAAUGUCCUGGAUGUGAUGUAUCGAGUCUUAUGUGCUAUUGGCUUCAUUGGAAUUGCAAAAGAACUGCAGGAGGAACGAAAAACAUGUGGAUUUGGGACAAAAACCUCCAAACAAAUUAACGACUACAAAAAAGAAUACAUGGCUUCCGUACAGAAUACAUUUCAAAGGAUUCAAUAUAAAAAUGGCCGGAUGGGAGAGAACGUUAACAUGGAGACGAUCUACACCAAUCUGCUACUAAUAAAAACGCAGCGUGACGAAGAAGAGAGAAAACAGGAAAUAAGAGCUUUGGGUGAAGAACAUCUUGAGAUGAUGGAGCAGAGACGUUCGGAUAAAUAUUCCCCAACCACUGUUGACAAGCUGUUUGACCCUGAGGAAGAUGGGUUUACUCCGAAAACUGUGGUGUUACAGGGACCUGCGGGCAUCGGAAAAACUAUGACAGCCCAGAAGAUCAUGCUGGACUGGGCCUCGGGAAAACUGUAUGAGGACCGGUUUAAUUAUGUGUUUUAUCUGAGUUGCAGGGAGAUAAACCGAAUGACCGGAGAAACGAGCAUUGCUGAUUUUAUAUCCAAGAUGUGUCGGCUAAAAUGGCCAAAGAGUGCGAUGGAGUCAAUUUUACGAGAUCCCGAGAAAAUCCUUUUCCUUAUUGAUGGGUUAGAUGAAUUGGAUCAGUCAUUUAUGGGUCUCGGUGAGGACUGUAGCCAUCCUUUUCAGGUGGUCCCCAAAGAGGUCAUCUUAAGCAGCUUGAUAAGAAAACAGGUUCUCGAGACAUCUUCACUGAUCAUUACAACAAGACCUUUCUCACUGGAGAAGUUAAACGAGUAUUUAGAGCGUCCUCGUUAUGUGGAAAUCCUGGGAUUUACGGGGCAAGAACGUGAAAAAUAUGUCUUCAAUUUCUUUGAGAAUAAAGGUGAAGCUGAGGCAGCUCUCAAUGCGAUAAAAGAGAAUGCGGUGCUCUAUACUAUGUGUGCUGUCCCUAUUAUAUCCUGGAUUGUAUGCACUGUACUCAAACAGGAGAUAAAAAAGACUUUUAAUGAGACUCCUUAUAAAACACCGACGUCUGUUUACACGCUUUACUGGAAAAGUUUGUUAAAAUAUCACAGCAGAACUCCCAAUGUGCCCAUAAAGUCCUACAUGAAGAAGCUGAGUAAUUUGGCCAAGAAAGAAGUCUGGAUCCGUAAGAUCAUAUUUGAGAAAGGAGAUCUGGAAGAGCACGGAUGUGAUUUCUCAGAAGAAGAAUCUCUCUUCCUGAACGAGAACGUGUUUAAGAGGGACAUUGAAACUCAGACAUGUUACAGCUUCAUCCACCUGAGUGUACAGGAGUUCUUCGCAGCUCUCUAUUAUGUCCUGGAUGAGGAAUCUGAUCCGAACCGGCAUGAGGAGGAGGUCAGGAGACUGCUGGAGGAGUCUGAGAGACAAUCGCACUUAAAAUUAACUGUACAAUUCUUGUUUGGCCUCUGCUGGGAAAACCAAAUAAAUGAAAUUGCAAAAAGCGUUGGGUGUAAAAUGUCAUCGGGACUGAAACCUAUUCUGGAAGAAUGGAUGAAGAAAAGGAUAUCCACAGCUUCUGAUAGUAACGAAAUCCUGUGCUAUUUGUACGAGACUCAGGAUAAGGACUUCGUGAAGAGAAUGAUGUCUCAUUUUGUUAAUUUGAAGAUCAGUUCUAGAUAUUUUCCUUAUUUCAGUUGUGCUGAAAACUAUAAAACCCUAACUCUCCAAGCUCUGGCCUACUACUUGGACACUUGUGAAAAGGUUUGCCCGGUUGUUUUCGAUUGCUCUAAACUAACCUGUAAGGAAAUCAAAAUGCUGUCUCCAGGACUUUGCAAGUGUUCAGGGAUCAUGUUGCGUGGCUGUGAUCUGACCUCAUCCUGCUGCGAGGAUCUGCGAGAUGUUAUUAUCAAAAACCAAUCUCUGACCAAACUGGAUCUGUCGGAGAAUAAACUGCAGGAUUCAGGAGUAAAACUUCUGUGUGAGGGACUCCGGCACCCAGACUGUACCCUGCGGGACCUGGGGUUGCGUGGCUGUGAUCUGACCUCAUCCUGCUGCGAGGAUCUGCGAGAUGUUAUUAUCAAAAACCAAUCUCUGACCAACCUGGAUCUGUCGGAGAAUAAACUGCAGGAUUCAGGAGUAAAACUUCUGUGUGAGGGACUCCGGCACCCAGACUGUACCCUGCGGGACCUGGGGUUGUAUAGCUGUGAUCUGACCUCAUCCUGCUGCGAGGAUCUGCGAGAUGUUAUUAUCACAAACCGAUCUCUCACCAAACUGGAUCUGUCAUGGAAUGACCUUCAGGACUCAGGAGUAAAACUUCUGUGUGAGGGUCUCCUGCACCCAGACUGCACCCUGCGGGAGCUGGGGUUGUGUAACUGUGAUCUGACCUCAUCCUGCUGCGAGGAUCUGCGAGAUGUUAUUAUCACAAACCGAUCUCUCACCAAACUGGAUCUGUCAGGGAAUGACCUGCGUGACUCGGGAGUAAAACUUCUGUGUGAAGGUCUCCUGCAUCCAGACUGCAGCCUGCGGGAGCUGGGGUUGCGUCGCUGUGGUUUGACCUCAUUCUGCUGCGAGGAUCUGCGAGAUGUUAUUAUCACAAACCGAUCUCUGGCCGAACUGGAUCUGUCAGGGAAUAACCUUCAGGACUCAGGAGUAAAACUUCUGUGUGAGGGUCUCCGGCACCCAGACUGCACCCUGCGGGAGUUGUGGGUUCAGCAAAGAUUAGAAACCAUCGGGUUUCCAAAGUUCCAGUUCUGCUAG